AUGACCAGUUCUGGCCACCGGUCCUGGAACGCACUGGCGGUCAUCUCCCUGCUGGUCCCCGCAGUGCUGUCUGCACACCUCCGUGUCUGUGAGCCCUACACCGACCACAAAGGCCGCUACCACUUCGGCUUCCACUGCCCCCGGCUCUCGGACAACAAGAGCUUCUUUCUGUGCUGCUACCGGAACAACACCGUGUUCAAGUACUGCUGCAGCGAGACCGAGUUCCAGGCGGUGAUGCAGGCGAACCUCACGGCCGGCCCCGAGGGCUACGCGCACAACAACUACCCUGCACUGCUGGGCGUGUGGAUCUACGGCUUCCUUGUGCUCACGCUGCUGAUCCUGGACCUCCUGUAUUACUCGGCAAUGAACUACGACUUCUGCAAAGGCUGCCUGGUGCGGUGGGGCAUCCACGGGCGGUGGAUGAAACAGGGCCCCCGGCGGUGGGGGGCCCCCGCCCAGGCCCCGCAGCCCCAGCCCCCCCCGGGCUCCCGGCCGCAGCCCCCCCAGGCCACGCCUGCGCCCACGCACAGCCCACCGCUGAUGACCUUCCAGAGCUUGUCCGCCUGGUGA